UGAGGUCACUCAGAUGUCAGCAUGGAGAUUCUAUAAAGGCUCAGAAGGUACCUAAUUUCCUUUUAGCAUGGAAUGGGAGAGGAGGUAGAGCAGAGAAGACUUCCCAAAGGAGGUAAACAAUGAGCUGAUAUUUGAAUUAUAAAUAGAAAUUGGUAACGGAAAAAAUACCGAGGAGGAUGGAAGGUGGAGAAUAACUUUGUCAGAUGUCAGUUUUCUGAUCCUGUGGUCCACUGAGCUAAGAAUACCACCAGGCUCUCCCACACCACAGCCGGGAACAAGUCUCACAAAAUUGCAUCCUUUUCUUACAUCAUUUUAUGCAUUAACAGGAAAGCAGUCUCAUCUAUGAUGCUGGGGCCACACUAUAACCACACAAUGAAAACCCUUGCCACCUUCUUCCUUGUGGGUAUCCCAGGUCUGCAGUCUUCACAUCUUUGGCUGGCUAUCUCACUGAGUGUCAUGUAUACCAUAGCCCUGUUGGGAAACACCUUCAUAGUGACCAUAAUCUGCAUGGAUUCUACUCUACGAGAACCCAUGUACUGCUUCCUGUGUGUUCUGGCUGCUGUGGACAUUGUUAUGGCUUCCUCUGUAGUGCCCAAGAUGGUGAGCAUCUUCUCCUCAGGAGACAACUCCAUCAGCUUUGGUGCUUGUUUCACUCAGAUGUAUUUUGUCCAUGCAGCCACGGCUGUGGAGACAGGGUUGCUACUGGCCAUGGCUUUUGACCGCUAUGUAGCCAUCUGUAAGCCCUUACACUACAAGAGAAUUCUCACUCCUCUGGUGAUGAUAGGAAUGAGUGUGGCCAUCAUCAUCAGAGCUGUCAUACUUGUGACUCCAUUAAGUUGGAUGGUGAGUCAUCUACCUUUCUGUGGCUCCAAUGUGGUUCUCCAUUCCUACUGUGAGCACAUGGCUGUGGCCAAGUUGGCAUGUGCUCACCCCAUGCCCAGUUGUCUCUACAGUCUGAUUGGUUCCUCCAUUAUUGUGGGUUCUGAUGUGGUCUUCAUUGCUGCCUCCUAUAACCAGAUUCUUCAGGCAGUAUUUGGUCUUUCCUCAAAGAACGCCCAGUUGAAAGCAUUAAGCACAUGUGGCUCCCACGUCGGAGUUAUGGCACUGUACUAUUUACCUGGGAUGGCAUCCAUCUAUGUUGCCUGGCUAGGGAAGAACACAGUGCCUUUGCACACCCAAGUGCUGUUAGCUGACUUGUACCUGGUCAUCCCCUCCACCUUAAACCCCAUCAUCUAUGGCCUGAGGACCAAACAAAUACGGGAGCGAAUAUGGAGCAGGCUGAUGCACUGCCUCUUUGACCACUCCAACCUGGGUUCAUGAACACAAAGUCUGCUAAGACCUUCAGCAUUCCAGCCAACUUCAAAGAUGCCUUACAGAUCUGUGGAGCUGGUUUCCUUUACCUGGUGCCAUAGGAGCUCUAAGAUGAAGCUCUGAAGGAUAAACUUGUAUAACUUUUCAAUUUCCACAAAGAAUCUGAAUGAAAUGAUUAAUUUUCUGA